AUGGUGAAGGCAGAGUUGUUGAGCAUUGUUAAGCACCAUAAAACCAGGUAUGAAACAUACGUCGUUGACGAUAUGGCCCAAGCUGCAGGACACGAAGUGCUUCGCUUGCCUCCUUACCACUGUGAGCUGAAUCCAAUAGAAUUGGUUUGGGCUCAAGUAAAAGGAUUCGUGGCAAGUCGAAACAAGUCGUUUAAGAUGACAGAACUAAAAGGCCUUUUCGAAAGUGCAAUACAAAACGUGGACGCUGAAAAAUGGCAUUGGUGUGUCCAACACGUUGAGCAGGUGGUUGAGCCAAAAAUGUGGGAAAUGGACGUUUUUUCGGAAGAUGCUGUGGAAAGCCUCAUCAUAAAUUUAGAUGAAGAGAGCAGCAGCAGUAACUACUCUUCGGAUUAA